AUGUUUUACAUCAACUUGGUUUGUGCUUUUACCAAACCAAACGUAAUCCAACCAACCCCUGUGAUGGUUACUGAGCUGGGGGGCACUGUGACUCUCACUUGCUUUUGUCCAGAUGAGUCAGUGACCAGAUUUAUUUGGUUCAAGCAGAGUUUUGGACAGGAACCCCUUCACAUGGCAUCAUCUCUUUAUGUUGGCCAAGAGAGUUAUUAUUCCAACAACUUUAUCAAGGACUUUACUGAGACCAAACGUUUGGGUGUGAGGAGAGGAGACUACAGCUGUAACAUGACCAUAUCAAAGACAGAGCCAGGGGACUCAGCUACAUACUAUUGUUCCACUACAGACAUCUAUGAGCUCACAUAUGGAGAGGGAACUGUUUUAAUUGUCAAAGACUCAGGGUCCAACAGCAUGUCUGUGCUCCAGCAGCCUGUGUCUGAGUCAGUCCAGCCAGGAGACUCUGUAACUCUGAACUGUACAAUAUACACUGAGACCUGUGCAGGAGAACACAGUGUCUAUUGGUUCAGACAUGGCUCAGGAGAAUCCCGUCCAGGAAUCAUUUACACCCAUGGAGACAGGAGUGAUCAGUGUGAGAAGAGCCCUGAGGCUGGGUCUCCUCCACAGAGCUGUGUCUACAACCUCCCCAAGAGGAACCUCAGCCUCUCUGAUGCUGGGACUUACUACUGUGCUGUGGCCUCAUGUGGGGAGAUGCUGUUUGGGAACGGAACCAAGCUGGACAUUGAGGACCAUAGAGCAGAUCCUCUUCUCUUGGUGUCCUGCCUGGGUGUAGUAUUGGGUGUCACGUUCACCUUGAUCAUUGUCCUGGUUUGCAUCAUGUACAAGAUGAACAACACAACAUGUGUGCAGUGCAGAGGACUCGUCUCACAGACCAGAGGUCCUGCAGUUACCCGGUCAGACGCAGGGGACCAAGAUGGAGACAGUCUCCAUUACGUAGCUCUGAAUCUGAGCAACAAGAAGAACAGGUCUAGAAGACAGAGAGGUCACAUGGAGACAGUGGUGUACGCUGGGAUCAGACAGUAG